UCUUCGAUACUCUCGAACUCGAGUCGAAGGACUCGAAGCUCCGGGCACGGUGUUUGAAAUUUGAAACGCCAAAGUGACAGCUGAGGAGAAAGACACAGAGUCUGUUCGUGCUUUCUCUUUUGGGAACAUGAAGGAAGGAAUGAGGAAAAUCAAUCGUGGAUAGUCGUUCGUGAAUCUGCUGGCAAGGAGUAACCCGCCUUCACCAUGUCAGGGGAUGGUGGCUGCUGCAAGUUGAAAGGCGUGGAGCAACGUUACCACAGUUUACGAGCACAGCUGGAUGAACUUGGGUUCCGCCAGCCUCUUGCUAUAGAAUGCCUGCCUUUAGUCGAAGCCCUCUUUGGAGACCUACUGCAAACCACAUCAAGCCUUGACCACUAUAAAAAGAAAGCUCAUGAAUUGGAUGAGCAAGUUCGUGUUCUGAACCGUGGGGUGCAACCAUUUCGAAACGACAAUGAACGCCUUGUUCGACAAAUCACAGAACUAAACCAACAGGUCACACAUAUCAGAGAAGAGGCCAAUAAUUCUGUUCUCGAUGCCAAAGCACGCUGUCGGAAAUUGGAGCAAGAAAAUGGAGAUCUUCAGUUUUUAGUUAGUCAGCAUUUAGCUCGCAUUCGUUCACUAGAGGUAGAGUCUGCUGAGAAGACCAAAAAGCUACUGCAACUUCAAAGUGCCCCAAGUGUGUCCUUAGGGAAAAAGAAGAUUGCACAAACCAAAGUAGAAAUACUUUCAUCAGUUGGCCCAACCAAGAAGCAACCCCCUGGUCGGCCAUGGCUCGAUGUCUUUAGUGGAGCUCUUACUCAAACUGAAGAUCCCUUUGUUGUCAACAUGGUGGAUAGAUCACAGGCUGAACUUCGAGCAUGUCGGUAUGAAAUGAAACUGUUACGAGAAGAAAGCGAAAAGCUCAAUGAGACCAUAUCUUCUCUGAAGCAACAGGUUCGGGACCGUGAUCUUGACAUAGCCAAACUUCACACUCAGCUAGAUAGUUGUAAAAGCCAUGCAUCUGCAAGGGAUCCUGAAGUUAUGCGAGAUGAUUACACUAUUGCAAAUCUAAGAGCAGCUAUUGGCUCAUUGGAAGACUCAAACCAGAGUUUGCGGUCACAACUUCAAGAUGCUUUAAGAAAACAGCAUGAAGCUAUGAUGAGGGCUGUGCGGCUAGCUGAACGUAAUCAAGUUCUUCAGGCUGAAAUAAGAAAUGUAGACAACGUUGCAAUGCGGGUGGAAGAUUCUUGUAACUAUACUGUCAAGGAAACUGCGCAGAGAAUUAUUGACUUACAAGAACAACUUACACAGUCUCAGAAGAUGGUAGCUGAGCUUGAACGAAGUGGAGUAGAAGCACGAUGCAACGUCCAAAAUCUCUUGAUGGACUUAGAAAAAUUAAGACUAGAAAAUAAGCAGCUCUUAGAAACACAAAGGCUAAGUAAUGCUCAAUCUCAUCUGCAGGCAGACAGAGUUGAGCUUUCACGAUAUCAGCAUGUUGAAGCAGAGUUAACCAAGGAAAUAGAAAAUCUGGUUGCUGCUGUGACCUAUCAGAAACAGAAAAUAGCAGACCUUGAGGAGAAAGUGGCCACAUCCAUGUCAGGUCCUUCACACAGCCGACCAAAUGGGGACAUUCGUUCUGACAAGGGCACUGGUAGUGGUACAUCAAAAGGAUCUACAAGUUCUGGAUCUGGACGUUCAAACCAAACCACAGGGUACUUAAAGAAUCAAACGUUUUUGAACACACCAAAGUCUUCUAGCUUUGCAUCUUCAAGAUUUAGUAGCACCAAGAGGAACAGCUGUACUUCACCCACCCUUGUAGUAUCUUCAUCAGUCUUGAACUCAGAUGAGACAGGUCAUAUUUUACCAAAGGAAAAGGGGGUAAUGUUCUCCUACAGCAGUGCAAGCAGCACUCGUUCUGGAACUGAUGUCACUAGAGAUUCAGAAUGUGCAUCAAAACGACCCAUUUUUAUUGAUGUAGAGAAAAAGGGGUUGGUUUCAAAAAAGCCAGGCGCCACAAGUGGACCGAGCAAGAAUUCCACUGGGGACAACGCCAAGGUGCGUCCAACCAACCGUAGUGCUGCAAUUCAAACAGAUGUGAAGAGAAUUGAUUCAAAAGAAACUCAGGUUAAUCUUCCACGUGAGACUUACCAUGAACCUCCAGAAAGAGAGAACGCCAACAAGCCUGAGCGCAGGGGUUCACGACAAUCAGAUUAUCCUUAUAGUGAAUGCAGUGAAGGCCCCGGUAAACAUCGCAACAACCAGGAUGAUGCAAAUGUCGAGGGUAGGAGACAAGCCUAUGCCAGUGAGAAAGGAGACAAAUACAGGGAAACAGAAUACAGAAAGGAAAGAAGAAGAGAGCAUCAUAAAACAAGGAGAGAUGAAGAGGUUGAUGAAUAUAUUUCUGAAAGGUAUGCUGAAGAGGAUUCAGAAAGGUGGAACCAGGAUCAGAGAAAAGAUCAGGACAGAAGAUCAAAGGACAAUGCCAGAAGCAAGAAACAUGACGAUCCUGUAUCAGAUAGAUCUCAACCUAAUCAAAAGGUGGACCGUGGUAUUCAGAGUGAAGUCGGUCUCAGUUACCCCCACAGCCACCCUUGCAUGGAUGGGGCGGGUGAUGGGCCUUGGAAUGUGAAGACGCCUCCAGAUCUCUGUCCUAUUAUUAAAACUCUUGAAGCAGAGAGAAACUUUUUUGAAAAAGAAUACCAUCGCAUUAGAGAAUAUUUGGACAACAUGCCAGAAAAACCUGGGAGCACUGAUUUGCUGUGGAAACUAAGAGAGGCUCAUGCAGACCUUGAUGCCAUAAGAGCAGAGAACCAUAGACUGAAUCAAGAACUCAAAGACCUCUCCGCAGUAUACAGAUGUGAAGCUGCAGAUAGUCGUUCCCAUUCAGAUGUUAAUCGUGCCUUGGCUGAAAAGUACACAGAGGUCCAGCAAAGACUUAUUGCCAAAGAGAGAGAACUCCUCUCUGUGUGUGAAGAAAACCACUCAUUACUUUCUGAAAGAGAUGCUUUAAGAUUACUUGCUCAGAGGGAGACACAUGAGCGAGAACGCCUCAGUAGCGAACUUCACACUCUUGAAGUUGAGUUGGAUCUUCUUCGUGUGAAGAAGUCUGCGGAUGUUGAGAAAGACAGACUUCUAGAAGAGAACCGUUCUCUGAGAGUUGAAAUUGAUAUUCUACGUGGACAGAAAGGAUCAGACUCAACCCUUGAACGUGAAAGAGAAAGAGAGAAGGAGAGACUUCAAGAAGAAAACAAACGCCUUCGAGAAACUAUUGACACUCUGAAAACUUCUACAAUGUUUAGCUCAUCAGAGAAAAUGUGUUAUGAUAAACCUCCCCAAUCUGUCAUGUCUGUUGUUGAUGCCCUUCACGAUGCUCAAAAGCGAGUAUGGACCCUUGAAGCUGAUGGGAGAGAUGCUUCGCGCACAUUUGAUAAAGAAAUCCUUGACUUGCGGUCUCAACUUGCCAAUCGCACCAAGCAACUGGAUGCUGCCACACUCCAGUCAGAGGCAGCACGAACUCGUCUUGCUGAACUCCAGAACUCAUUGGGUCAAGCUAAUGCAAAUCAUAUGAAAAUGAAAGUUCUACUUGAAGAAACACAAAGAAAUUUAGAACAAACCCAAAAUGACUUGGGCAGACUGCAGAUGGACGCUGUAAACCAGCAAGAACACAUCCAAAAGCUGGAAUUCGACAGAGUUGCAUUGGAGAAGGAGGCCAACGCUUUACGCUCUGAGGUUCAAAGGUUGCACUCUUCCAUCAAUGAGCUGGAAAACGAAAAGGACGAACUCAUUCGAACAGCUGAUGAACGAGCAGAGCAAGUCCAAAUGUUGAGUGACGACAUACGUGAGCGGGAUAGCAGGAUCAAGCAGUUGGAGAAGGCCAUCAACGACCUACACUUUGCUGCCGAGCGCGACCAGAAGGUGCGGGCCGAGCUGGAGGAGUCGCUGCGCGCCAUGACGAGGGACUACGACGAGGCGGAGAACGCGAGGCGCAACCUGGCCGCGGCCAGCGAGGGCGCCGCCCGCGAGAACAAGCGUCUCCAGGAAGAGCUAGCCGCUAUGACGGCCUCUUUGCGAGCGACCACUGACAGCUACGAGGAGUCCUGUCGCGAAGUGGAAAACAUGAAGCGCCAACUGCAGAUCUACGUGUUGGAAGUGGAGCGCUUUGAGCAGCUGUUGGGAGAGAAGGAAGCAGAGAGGAGUGACAUGCUUGAGACUUUCCGCAAUUUGAGUGAUGAGGCUUCCAAAUUAGACACUCACAAUAUGACUCUAGAGACGGAGUACAACAGCAUGCGUGGCUCUCUGGACCAAUACCGAGAGCAAGUGCACUCUUUGAAUCACCAGCUCGCAGAAAAAGAUGAAAUUGUUGGGAGCUAUGAGAAACAGAUCGAGCAGCUCUCUGGGUCCAUUGCUCACUUAGAGAGGCAGGUGGAAGAGUCCCGCUUGGCAAGAGAGUCGACUGAGAGGGAUCUUCAGUCAGCCCAUGGGUUGGCUCGGCAGCUGGAAUCUCAGAAAGAAGCCCUUCAAGAUAUGUUGGACAACGUACAGCAACAAAAAGAAUAUGCAGAGCGCCAGACUCAAGAUUUGACUGAGCAGCAUGCUUUACUGGAACGACAACAGCAAGAGCUUCGAGCUACUAUACAGUCUAUGGAAAAUCUUCUCGCUGAAAGCAGAAGCCAAGCUUCUGCACAAGCUGCAAGAGCAGCUGAACUUGAGCAGGACAACCGAACGAUGACAUCUCAACUUGAGGCUCUGCAACAUACUGUCGACCAACUCACAUCUCGGGCAAACAAAGCUGAAGAACUUUUAGAAAGGAAUCGAGAGAAUGUUGUGGAAUAUGAAAGAAGAUUACAACAAAGUAUGUCACAAAUGGAGAAGCAAACUCAACAACAAUCUUCCCUAACAGCAAAUGCCAGUGAAAGGGAGCACGAAGUUCGACAAAUGAGAGCUGACAAUGAGCGUUUAGCGCAAACCCUUGAUGAUGCCAGAACUGAAGUUGAGAGGUGCAGAGACACCAUUGAAAAUUUGAAGGAGCGCAUUGCUGGUCUCGAAGAAUCAGAACGCUCUAGCCGAAGACAUGUUGCCGAUGCCAGGAGAGAAGCAGCUGAAAAUAUUCGCUACUCAGAAGAAAAUAGAAGCUCCUGCUCAUGUGGGCCUCCUGACAUGAGGAGGAAUGGCGUCAGUACGUGUUGCUGUGGACCUCCAACAGUGGAACAGAGCAAGAAGGUGACCAGCAGUGUAGCGUGUUCAUGCGAACCUCCACCCUCUGAGCCCAGAAACAGGAAUGUGGGCACCGAGCACUGUCCGUGCGGCCCGCCCCCUGCCGAACACAACAAGAAAAUUCAGGUUUCCCCACACUCAAAUCGGCCACAUGCCAGUCGCCGAACAUCCUCACAGAGGGAGGCACAUUCCUCUGCCAGAGGGGCUCAGUGGUAUGGAGGCGAUGUUCCUGAGCAGGCUGGUGAUAUAACAGCGCACAUCAGAAAUACUCGAUUUGAUGCUCAUGACCCCAGUGUAAGAUCAGCAGACUUGGGCUGGGUGCGGCCUAUGACACCAAAUCAAGCCAACUGUGGCCUUGAGCUGAAAAUGGAAGUCCCUCGACCAGCAUGCCAAGCUACAGAAAGCGAAAUGAGAGAGCGCACCCAAAUAUUCGGUUUACUUGAGAUUGAUAUGGCAUCCAAGAUGGCCAAAGGCGGCAUCCUCAUGCACAAUCAAGCCGGAAUGAGAAAUGGACAUUCUCCUAAAGUGCCUUCAACAGAAAGUGAAUUUGAGGGGAAAAAUAAAAACCCAUGCUUAAGAAUUAGUUCUAUAGCCAUUCCUAGGCUGCAUGCCAGCCCAGAAGAUGCACCAAAAUCAGCUUCUCUCUCAACAAGUGUUUCUUCAAAUGUUAGUCGAAGCACUACUCCUGGCCCGAACCCUCUCAUUCAAUUUCCCAGCAGUUGCCCUACAAGUCUUCUAUCCGGUUCAGCUAUUCACCUUGAAACACCUAGUACCGUCUCUCCAUCCAUGUUGUCAUCAAUAAGUACCAAAGAAGACGAUAUGACUGAAUCGUCUUUUUCCUCUAAGCUAUGGAAAACAAGUCUUCAUUCCGAUGCUCAUCCUACUUUAAAAAGAAAAUUCCCAGAAGAUCAACUAAAAGAAAAUAUGUCAAACUAUUCGACAGCACAUUCCUCAAUUGUUGACAGUAAAGAAGAUAGAUCAACUUAUUCCAGGCACCAAACUUCCUUUGGAAGUAAUGCUAGAUCCUCUGAACCUGCAUCAAGCUUCACAAGACACUCAUUUCUGAAUUCAAGUCAAGAUCACGAUAACAGUUUACCAACUGACAAGGAAGAAUCUCUUAUGUCUGCUGGAUAUGAGCAAAACUCGCAUGUUGAGUCCCAAAAUGAAAAACCUCAUUUAGUCCAGCCUGCUGACAGGAUGUGUCAAAAUUCUCAGGGUCAACGUUCGCCAACAGAUACUGUACAUAUGAAUAAUAUGAGAGGGCUGCCUGUGGGUGACUCAGAAAAAACACGGCAAUUUCGAUUUCAAGUUGGAGUGACAAACUCACAUGUGCAGGCAACUUUGCAAACCAUGUAUAGUUCGGAGAGAGCUGAUAUUUCUGAUAGGCUUAAUGUGCAAACACAUAAUCUGUUGGGAUCAGGCCCCUUGCUGCCCCUGUUUCAGCUUCAACAGCAAAGACAGCAAAUACAGUUGGCUCAGCAGCAGCAGCAGUUAAUGCAGCAACAAAGAUUGAUGCAGCAACAACAGGAGCUUCAGGAACAACAGGUCUUAGAACAAGAAUGUCUUUUACAACAACAGUUAGCACAACAACAGAAACUUUUGCAAAAGCAGCAGCAAGAACAACACAAACUCCUGCAAAAAGAAUUGCAGCAUUUGCAGUCAUGUAUUGAGCAGUCCCUAAUUAUUGGAGAACCUAAUAUGCCAUGUCUGGGGACCAACUCGGGAUUGGAUCAUAAUCAGGUUUCAAACCUUCCGUUAUCUGCUCUGGGUGGUGGGGAUAAAAGUGUAUCUGUUGCCCAAAUGGAAAUUGCUUUGAACAAUGGCCAUGGUAGACCAGAAAUUUCUCCUGAAGAGUCCUCUUUCACAUCUCACAUUAAGAAUGAGGUGGGUGACAGGCCUACUUCCUGCAAGAAAAGUUGUAAUACUGGUAACAAGAACACAAGUUCAGAUGCUUGCAGCAAUCAAUCAAAAACCCCAGGCCCAAACCCUAGACCAGAGGGAAAAGAAAAUAUAAAAACAGACAGUGCUGUAAUACAAAAUGAAACGGGCCAGGAUACAAAAUUUUGUGGAGUGCGUCAAAAGAAUAGUCACCUUAACUCCAAAAGCAUGUGUUUAUCGGCUACCUCUACAACCAUGUCAACCAAGAGUUCUGUCAGUCAUAGAGACUCUCAUAAAUCACAUGAUCUCAAAGAAUGCUGCUUUGUCACAAUUCCUACAAGUCUACAUGUGUGUUUUCAACCAGGCAAAAAAUCAAGUAAUGUUUUACCUGCAAUCCCAAAAUUUCAGAAACCAAAGUGCUGUAAAAUCAAAUCUGCAAGAAGUGCUUCAAAAGGAACUUCUUUGGACUCAGGGAAUUUCAGUGGCAGUGAUGAAAUCUCUUAUGACUGUAAUGUAAAUGGUAAGGUGCCGCUAAAACAUCAACGGCACACUUCCUUCUUUGAAAAUCUAGCAGCUCGAAAGUUGGAUCCAUAAUACAAGUCAUAGAGCAUUUCAGUAAAUUUUAAUUGAACCAUUGAACAAUGACAGAGCAAAGCCAGUCCUUUCCAAUUUUAUUUCUUUCUUAAACCCAAAGUGUUCCUACACAAAAAUGUGGUUCUGUUUGCUGAGGUAUAGGAGCAACCCUAGCAGUUCAAAUCAUAGUCUUUGUUGUAGGAACAUAUUCUAAGAUUAACUAUCAAUUCAUGGAUUACCUAGCAGUAAAUUUCUUGAUGUGCAGAGUGGCAGAUGCGGCAUUUCCUCAAGAUAUUGAAUGUACCUAUACUCCUUCUGGUCAACAUAUUGAAUCAUGCACUGCAAAGUAUGUUUUUGGCAAUACUUACUCUCCUGGUCCCUCUGCCGCUGCACCAU